AGGCACAUGAUAAUCAGAUGAUUAAACAUGGCUGCCACGAAGAAAAGGUAACAAAGCGAGUAAGAAGGAAGUUGUGCACUUUAUUCAUGAUGUCUGAAACACAAAAGUGCUGUGGGUGCUUUGGAAAUUUAUUUGGAAGCUUGCAACAUGACAGAAAAAGAGGAAGGUGGUAUAGAAGAGCCCGGUAUAAUGAAAGAGAAUACAGCAUAGAGUUUGAAAACCUUAUUGAAGAUGAAGAUUUUCGUCCAAGUAGAAGUUUUGUAGUUUCCGAAGAAGAAAGACAGCUUGUUGCUAAUGGGAGAUACGAUGUAUUAAUUGAGCACCAGAAAAGAACAGAUGCUGCCAUAGAGGAAGAGUUGAGAAGGCAAGAAGAAGACCUCAGACUCGAAGAAGAGGCCUACACCCAAGCAAAGAAUGAGGCAGCAAAGGUCUCGACUCAAUCGACAACCAAAAAGGCGGAGAAAGCAACAGUGCAAAGUCAAAGGGCGUUUGAUAGCGACGAAUUCACAAGUUGGCUCUCUCAAGAAAAUCUUGAAGUGAACAGCCCCGAGCUGGAUGUUGAAGACUUUGACUCAUUCCUCGAAAAGGUGAAAGCACGCUCCCUCGCAGGGAGUGCCAAAGCGACAGACGAGACAACCGAGAAGUCGGCAAUUUGGGAAGAUACCAUGAACCAGGGGCUUGAGGCGACCAAAAUUGCGGGCAAUGCUUUGAGCGCCCUGAGCCCCGUCGACGACGAUGAUAUUCAGCGGACUGGCAGUACAAUGGAUACAAAAAGUCUGGAUGAUGACGAUGAAUUACUUAUUUAGUUAAUGCAUAAAUAGACAGGUAUCUAGAUUUAUAAUGAUAAUAUGCAAAGUUCCUGUGCCGCAAUAAAUGCUGUAUAUCCUCAAAGCUACCCAAGCAUAUCUAAUUUAUUCUAAGAAGAAUUUCAUGCUUCCUAUCAAACUCUAGCCUUCAAAGAUCUUCAUUUCUUUAAACAGAGCCCUAGAGUAGUCUCACCCCCCCCCCACCCCGCUGCACUAAAUAGACUCAUGUCCCGAUUUGAUUUCUGAAGUCUUUGAACUGAUUUAGUAGCCUUUUAAAUAUUAAACAUGAAUUCAAAUUUAAUUCAAGUCUUAUUUAAACAACUAAUUUAAACAGGAACAUUCAGCCCUACAUGAAUAAUGGUGGAAACUAUUUCUGGCUGUCAAAGUAUAGGAUGGGUGUUUAUGCAUUCAUUAAGAUAAUGACACAUUGCGAUUUUUAAUAAUUAAACGUUUUUGCUUUUAUUUCCUCUACUAGAAGACUCCUUACUUUAUCUGUUUCAAUAAAAGUUAUCAAAUCUUUUAGGAUCCCCUAAGCCGUAGGAUUUGCUCUAGCCAUUUUUUUAGUUUGUAACACCACUAACUGUAUUGCGAUGCUACCUUGAGUAACAGUUCAAUCCAAUCUAACACAAUUCCAAAGGAGUAGAUCUUAGCAAGCUCGAUUAAACUAUCUAAUUGUUUGAUCAGAUGCAGCCUUUCCACCUCUUCAGAUGACGCCCCCCCCCCCCCUCACCAAAUGUCGAUUUCCAGAGAUAUCUUAAAAGGAUGCACAGUUUUGUCGUUUCUGAGGUUAGUUUCUUGCAUUAGCAAUUUGCGCUUUUAUAUAUUUUUCAUCUCUUUUUCCAAAUAUUACCUGAUAGUUUAGGCAAAUAUCAUACAGGUCACUCAAAAGGCGCGCUUCCCAAUUUCCAACGUCGUGUUAUAGAAAAUCAACACUGUUCUCGAUGGGAGAGGGGAUUGAAUUUGCCCUUGAAACUGACGUUAGUGUUCAAAGACUUUUGGCAGGGAUUGUAGGUCAAUGAUUAACACAAAUUUGGUAGUUCAAUAUUGUUAGCAGUCGAUAUCUGUAGUGAACUUCAAUAAAUAUUUAUAGAGCUGUAAUUUGAAAUUAUUGCUCAGGGUUGUGUUAUAAUAUUAGUUAAUAUCACAAUGAUUGAAAAUUUUCUGGAAAGAAGAAUUCUGGCAUGUCUCAUAAUGGUUUCUCUGCUUGUACGAGCUCUCUAAUGGUUUGAUAGCCCCCCUCUGUUCCACUUAA